AACGUCAUGUCACUAACGAUACUCCAUUUCACUACGUAGUCAGUGUUGUACUGACUACGAAGUGAAGUAGACGUUCUUGUGUAUCGAGUGAAGCAAAAUUUCGAGAAAAUGUAUUCCAAGUGUACACUUGGUAUCCUUUUGGGGACGAUUUUACUUAUUUCUUCCAUUCCUGAUGCAGCUUCCUAUACCAAGUAUGGGAGGACAUGCAAGGACAUCGGUUGCAGGAGGGACGAGGUUUGCGUGAUGGCCGAGGAUCCUUGCUCGAUCUACCAACGCGAUAACUGUGGUCGUUAUCCUACUUGCACGAAAGUCCAUCCAGGCGAGGUCAGUUGUGCAAGUACCGUUUGCGGAGAGAAUGAAUAUUGUAAAACCGAAAAUGGCGUACCCACCUGUGUAAAGAAAUCAACCGCCAUUGAUAACGAAUUGUUCGCAGAAUUCGAAGACGAGGAUAACAAAGUGAUCGUAAGACGACAAAACAGUGGAGAUGUGCAAUCUGCGGUAACAGACGGCUCAAGUUCGUCAGUUAAGAACAGAGAAACACAAUCAGGAUACCCAGCAGGAAGUGGAUACCCCAGUUCAUCAAGGAGCAUUUAUCCAUCCUUAGAGAGUCAACAGAGAGGUGAAGACACCCCGAGUAGAUCAUCUGGUUAUCCCUCAAGUGGCUCUUCAGGUUACCCAUCCAGUUCUGGUUAUCCUUCAUCCAGUUAUCCGUCGAGCUCCAGUUAUCCUUCCAGAAGUGGAUCCUCCGGUUACCCAUCCAGUUCUGGUUACCCUUCUAGUUCAUCAGGUACUUCUUCAGGAUAUCCAGGAAGUUCUGGUUACCCAUCGCAAUCUGGAAGUUCCAGUUAUCCAUCGAGAAGCAGUGGUUAUCCAUCGAGUUCUUCUGGGUAUCCAGGUUACCCAUCGCGCAGUGGUUCAGGUUAUCCUUCAGGAUCGAGCAGUUAUCCUAGUAGUUCGUAUCCUACAAGUUCUCGAGGAUCUGGUUAUCCUGGAGCAAACGAGGAAAGUGUUAAGAGAGUGGAUGCUAACACGGUUAAUGCUGGAUAUCCUGGGUAUCCUAGUCAAGGUCAAGCUCCAAGGAGUGGGUAUCCUGCUCAAGGCUCUGGAUAUCCUGCUCAAGGUUCUGGAUAUCCUGCUCAAGGUUCUGGAUAUCCUGCUCCAAGUUCUGGAUAUCCUGGCCAGCCUAAUCCUUAUGGUAACAAUUAUCCUGGUUAUCAGCAAGGAUAUCCUCCUCAAGGUGGCUAUCCACAAGGAUAUCCUCAAGGAUAUCCUCAGGGAUAUCCACAAGGUUAUCCUCAAGGAUCUCCACCUGCAGGGUAUUAUCCUCCUCCUCCCGCCACUAAAAAACCUAACUUCAGUGAUCAGUUGACUAAUAUAGCUAAGGAUCUUGCUGGAAAGGUUUUAACUCAAGCGAUUAUUGACAAAGUCACUGGGAAACAUUAAUUUAUAGUUUAUAAUAAUUAAAAACAAUGUAGAAAAUGCUGUGACAGUUAUACAUUCUACGUGAUGUAUUUUAUUAAUAAAUGUUGCUUUCUUAAUAAAACUAUUAAUAAAUAGUAUAGAUGAAUUCUUGAAUAAAGCUGAUAAUUUACUUUGUA